AUUGAAGACAUUUUACCUACAAUAACAACUUUUGAUGAAAAUAAUUCAAAAAAUUUAUUUAAUUAUCUGAAAGGAAGAUGCGUAGGAAAAACAAGGGAAAUAAUUCACAGAUAUGGACAAGUUAGUGAUUGGGAAACAUUGAAACAAAUACUUCUUUACAACUGUGGGGAAAAGAGCAGUUCAGUGGAACUUGUGGAUGAGUUGAAAACCAAUAAUGAUCUAAAUUUUUCAACUACAGUAGUUAAUAGGAUAGCGCUACAAACAUUUAAAGAACACCUUCCCGAACCUACAAAAACAAUGAUCAUAGCAAGAAACACGAAUACUUUAGAUAAAGCAUAUAAAAUAAUUUUAGAAGCUAGACAUCAAUCCUUCACAGCAUUUGGACAACAAAGGAAAGAUCCUAUCCCAAAUAGCUAUAGUAAGACUAAUUUUAGCGAUAAUGCUAACAAUAGAACAUCUUCCAGACCCAACCAAUAUAUGAAUAAUUUUCCCAAUUAUAACAGAAGUUAUAAUAGAUAUAACAAUAAUAUGCUACACUAUGGAUAUGAUGAUGGCUAUGUCCCGAGAAACGAAAAUAACUACAAUAACAAUUAUACGCCACAAAAUAAGCAUAACAACGGCUACGUCCAAACGAAUGCGGGUAAUAACUAUAAUAACAAUGGCAACAGAUCAAACCGAACUAGAAUGUCAUACCAGACAACAAACACAAGCUCUAAUCAACCGAGAAAUUUAAACUCACAGAGAAACCUUAACCAACAAAGAAACGGAAAUCAAACACAAAAUUAUAGCCAAUCAGGAAAUUACAAUCGAUCUGCAAUAUCAAAUCGCAAUAAACCAGAACCUAUGGAUAUUGGCAAUGCAAAUAUAAAUUUUCGUUGGGACCCACAAAACAAUUACCCUAUAUAAUAAUAGACACACACAUAAGAAAGUUAUAUUUCAUCAUUGACACUGGAGCAGAGUUCAGUCUAAUCAAUGAAAGUAUUUGUAACACGA